AUGCUGCUGCGGAAGAGGAACAUGUGACUGCUGACUGUCACAUGACAGACCGUGUUGUAGCUGUUAGCACAACACAGCAGCAGGGUGGUGUUUUUAAUUAUAUAAACUCUGUAGUGAACCUAUUACAAGAUGGAUAUUCGCGGGGCUGUGGACGCUGCAGUCCCCACCAACAUCAUUGCUGCAAAGGCAGCUGAGGUUCGGGCCAAUCUGGUCAACUGGCAGUCCUACCUGCAGAGUCAGAUGAUCUCUACUGAGGACUGUGAGUUCAUUAAGAAGUUUGAAAAAGCCAACUCUGAAGAGAAACAACUCAUUUUGACCAAAGAAGGCCACCAGGUAGAUAUUCCCCUCGCACUUUCUGCAACACCUGUGUUUGUCAACGUAUUGUGCUUAUUCAAGCCAAACCAUGGCAGUAUGUGACAGUUGCAACUCUUA